AUGAGAAUUCUCAUCAUCAAUGCACAUCCAGAUUAUGCUAAUGCAGAGCACUAUAGCAUUCAGUUAUUGAACUACGCCAAGUCACUUUUACCGGAUGCUGAAGUUCUUGAACUUUAUAAUAGUUACAUUCCACGAAUUGAUACUGAUAUGUUUGCUGCAUGGAAUGGAUCGACAGAAGAAAAGCCAGCAGCUGCCAUCAAACGUCAGGGAGAGCUCGUAGAUCAAUUUUUAAAUGCAGAUGUCGUUCUUAUUUUCUGCCCUCUCCAUAACUUCGGCGUUACAUCCGGUCUCAAAGAUUACUUUGAUAAUAUCAUUAUCGCAGGCAAGACAUUUAAGUACGUAAGUGGCGGCGGUUCAGUUGGACUUCUCGAUAACUCUAAAAAGAUCGCAUACAUUCAAGCAGCUGGCAGUGAUUACCUCCAUGAUAUCAAGUAUGUAAAUCUUGAUCUUGCACCACAUUACGUUAGAUCCAUUUUCUCCUUGAUGGGAAUUACAAGAAUUAACGUCAUCAGAGCCGAAGGCUUAAGUCUCUCAGCUACCGAUAAAAAUGCCGUUAUUGCAAAGGCAAAGGACGAGAUUAAGCAAACUCUUGUCGAAUAUAAAGCUAUAUAA